CGGCGGCGCACCGGGCGAGGAGGCCGCGGGGGGAAGGGAGCCCGAUAAUGGCGGCCGGGCGGAGAGAGCGCAGCGGCGGCGACUCUGAGACACCUUGACCUUGAAGAUGGUGAGUAGCCAGCCAAAAUACGAUCUAAUACGGGAGGUUGGCCGUGGCAGCUAUGGUGUGGUCUAUGAAGCAGUGGUGAGGAAAACCUCGGCGCGUGUUGCGGUGAAAAAGAUUCGGUGCCAUGCUCCAGAGAAUGUAGAGCUAGCCCUUCGUGAGUUUUGGGCGCUUAGCAGCAUCAAAAGCCAACACCCAAACGUUAUCCACCUGGAGGAAUGCAUCUUGCAAAAAGACGGCAUGGUACAGAAGAUGUCCCAUGGAUCCAGCUCCUCACUUUAUUUACAGCUUGUAGAGACCUCCUUGAAAGGUGAAAUUGCCUUUGAUCCCAGAAGCGCCUACUACCUUUGGUUUGUGAUGGAUUUCUGUGACGGAGGUGAUAUGAAUGAAUACCUCCUGUCCCGAAAGCCCAGCCGCAAGACCAAUACCAGCUUUAUGCUUCAACUCAGCAGUGCCCUGGCUUUCCUGCACAAAAACCAGAUCAUUCACCGUGACCUCAAACCUGACAACAUCUUGAUCUCUCAAAGCAGGAUGGAUGCCAGUGACUUGGAACCCACCUUGAAAGUAGCAGAUUUUGGGCUAAGUAAGGUCUGUUCAGCUUCAGGACAAAACCCCGAAGAGCCUGUGAACGUAAAUAAAUGUUUCCUUUCUACAGCUUGUGGAACAGACUUCUACAUGGCCCCUGAAGUUUGGGAAGGUCACUACACUGCCAAAGCAGACAUCUUUGCCUUGGGGAUUAUAAUCUGGGCAAUGUUGGAAAGGAUUACUUUCAUAGACACAGAAACAAAGAAAGAAUUGUUGGGGAGUUAUGUGAAGCAAGGGACCGAGAUUGUGCCUGUUGGAGAGGCGUUGCUUGAAAAUCCGAAAAUGGAACUGCUCAUUCCUGUAAAGAAAAAGACUAUGAAUGCUCGUAUGAAACAGCUGAUUAAGGAAAUGCUCGCUGCUAAUCCACAAGACCGCCCAGAUGCUUUUGAAUUGGAACUUCGGUUAGUCAAAAUUGCUUUUAAAGACAGCAGUUGGGAUACGUGACCUCUGGAGUACUUUGACCUCUUGACAGAGUUUGAUUUGUAACAAUGGUGCAACAUUUUGUGGGGAAAAAAAUCCAGACCAACCUAAAUUCAAGGUGUCAAGGCUCAGUGUAUUAUCCAUUGCAUUUCUGUUGGGGUUUUUGGUGGGGGGGGGGGAUGGUGGUAAACUAAGCUCAAAGUGGCUAUUUUUUAUUCUUUACCCAUAUGUGUAUAUUCCCAAUUUGGAUAUUUCCAAGAUGUAAUAGUAUCUACUUGGCCAGGAAAUUGCUGGAGAUUAGGAGAUUGCUUUCUAGGAAUCCAUUAAGGAGUAUUUCAGACAUUCCAAUUUCUUAUAGAAUUUGGAACACCCAUGGAAGAAGCGAUUUGCAUGCUGGUAAUGCAAAUCAUUGGACUUUGUAGAGUAAAAAUGUGUAUAUAUUUAUGUCAAUGUGAGUGUGUCCCCCCCUUUCCAUGUGGAGAAAAUAUGCCCAUUAUUUAUAUUAUCUAAUAUAGAUUUGGCUGACUGUGGCUCAUCCAUAAAUUCCAUAAAACAUAAGCAUUCUCUCUACUUUUUUUCUUGAAGGAAAAAUGUGAUGAUGCAGAACGUAACUGCAGUUAUAAAGGGAGCCUCUAAUUCAAUUUCUUUGUUUCAAACGUUUCCACAGGUAAUCUGACAGCACAUUCCAGCAGUCAUGGCCAGCGCCUUGGUUAAGUCAUUAAGCACACCUUCAUUUUCCUAAGAGAACAGGUUAUUAGUUAGGCCACAGCUUCUGUGCAAGCCUAUCCUUUGACAUAAUAUUCAACAUCAGUUUGACUUCAGGAUAAAUUUUAAUUUAUUUUAGUUUUGAAAAUCUAAAUCAUGAGGAAAAAGAGUUGCCUUCUGGAAUCCACUGAAAUCCUUGCCGUUACAAAAAUUUCCCGUAUGUUGUUUCUUGCUCCUGGUAUAGAUGCUAAUCUCAUUUGCUACUGCUCUCCUUUUAGCAGAAUGCCUUCCACUAGAUUGUCAGUGGUGGCUUUUAUUAAGGCAUUUAGUGUAUUUAGCUAUUCCCCCGCCCCCAUUAGAAAAUGUGGCAAUCUUGAGGGUUGUUUCUCUGCAUCAAGUAAUAGCACUCAGUUUUUUGCCCUGAUGUGUUUUUUUUUUCCUUUUUCAAAUUGUUGAGUGGUAGAAACAGAAUGCUUGGCAUCAUCUUGCUUGUGUGCAGAGAGCAAGGUGCAGAGCAGUUCCACAAGAGGCCAGUACAAGGCACAAACACCAUGCUGCUUUGGUUACUCGGCUACCCACUGCUCUCUGUGUGGGGUACUUACGCAUAGGAUGAAGCAUUCCCUCUCCUGCACCUUACUUUGAAGUAUUUAGUGACCUGUUCUCUGUCCUACCCCCAAGCUGUGUUACACUCUGCUUUCCACAUGCAGGAUAAGCAGGGCUUCUGCUUUUCUGCACAUUUUGGUGGUAUUUUUUUUUUUUUAGCACAGGGCUUGAUAAAACAGGGAUAAAAACUGCUUCAUGACUAGAUGGGGAGCUUGCAUGGGCAUGUGGCGUAGAAUUUUUAUUCAUUCUGUGAUUGGAAACUACUUAUUAUCAGAGUUGACAAUAGCUUCAGAGUUUGGUAUUGGGAUUACAGACUACAGACUAGAGAGCGAAACUGAUCUUUUCCCCUUGUGUGUGUGUUUUCCUCUUCAGAUACACUCGAUCUAGUUAUACUUUGUUAUUCCUUCUCCAGCAUGGCUUGAACCCGAAGAAUAAAACAAGUAAAUGCAGAUUAAGUACCCUUUAAGCAAGAUGCCUUUAAAAUUAUUUCCUUCGAUCAAAAUAUACUGGUACAUAUCCGUUUGCUCAAAAUGAAAGUUUUUGAUCUUAACUGUUUCCUUGAAACCCUCAGGGGUUGAAAAUCUUGCCUAAGAAUAUAUUUCAGGAAAUGUCUCAUUGUUGACCUGAGAUGUUGCAAAGACAUGCUUGGACUGAAUUUCAACUGUUUAAAUCAACAUACCUGUUUUUCCCCUCAACAAUGCUAUUAAGGCUGUGAUUCAUUAAUGUCUAUCCUUAGCUUAACUUCUGUUCAGUUACAGUGUACAGAGGCCAUAAACACGUCUUUACCACCUGUGCCUUUAGAGAAGAGGCUGUGUUGCAAGUAGGAAGGCACUCCCAUGGACCUUUUGUGUUAGUAGUUAACCUGCCAUCCAUUAACUGAAUGUUUUCUUAAAGAUUCGGGUCAUACAAAAAUAUAGGAACUUGGCCAAUGAUGACUGGGAGAAAGCAGGAAUUUGCUCUGGGUGUGUCUGAACUAGUCUGUUUACUGUGCACUUCAACUUGGCACUUGCAAGCCCUCAGCAGAUCCAUAAUUUGGCUUUAUUAUUGCAUGUGCUUCUUAAAUUCAGUGCAGGAACUGUUGAUAGAGCAAAUGUAUAUUGCAGAGUAAAACCAUUAAUGCCCAAAGUGCUGCACUGGUUCCUCCUGUUUUGAAAAUGUUGGGGAGGCCUCCAGGACCCCUCCCCUGAUGGUGCUUAGCCCCUCCCCCCCAGCCUCGACUGCUAACUUGAUUGUUCCCUUAUUUAUCCAUUGAAUAUUUGUCCCUGAGGUCUGUGUGUGGGGUUUUUUCUCCUGUUGUUGUUUGUUGCUUGUGUUGCUUUGGGAUCUUGUAACAUUUCUGAAAUCGAAAUUAUUGUAGCAGCUACAAAAACAAUGCACCAGCGUGACACAAAAGUUGAGAUAUUCAUCAGCACUUCAGAAAGAAAACAACCUUUCAUAGCUUUUUUCCUUAUAAAUUGUAAACUCUAUUUUGUGAAGAAUUUAUAAAGGGG